AUGGAUCCGAGCCCAUGGGCACCGUACGUGCAAGGCGCUCCUCCUCUUUACCAGCAUCCGAUGCAUGUCGCCGCGCCCUCCGCCCAUGCUUGGCCGCCGCCAUCCGCAGAUCCUUCAUCCGCCGCGGCCCUUCUCCCCCCGCCUAACUACGCCUCCUAUUCCCCUCACACCGCCGUCUCCGCGUCGUCACGCUGUCCGGUCUGCGCCCAGCUGCACGCGCCGUUUUGCUCCGCCGACCCCGCCGCCUCCGCUCCCCUGCUGCCAGUUGCGCCCGCAACUAACCCCUGGGAUGCGACCACUACUCCCGCUGGCGCGUGGCCGGGCGCAACAGAGGCUUCUUGGCUGCAGCACGCGCAGGCGCAGGCGCAAGCGGCGCAACAGUACUGGGCGUCGGGAGAUGGUGUGCCCGGGUUCGAGGGCGCAGGCAGUGUGUCGGGACCUGCUCACUGGCAUGCGCCCAACUACCAACUUCCGCCUCCCGCCUUUCCUUCCAAUUCCCCCCCUCCCUCUCAUCCGCCCCUCCCCCCUUCACAACCCCCCCCUCCCUCUCAUCCUCCCCUCCCCCCUUCACAACCCCCUCCUCCCUCUCAUCCUCCCCUCCCCCCCUCACAACCUCCUCCUCCCUCGCAUCCUCCCCUCCCCCCUCACCCCCCCCCUCCUUCCAACCCCCCGCCUCCCUCACAUCCUCCCCCGCCACUUCCGCCGUCAGCUCCGCUGUACGCGCAAGCGCAGCAGCCAUCCGCGGAUGGGUAUGCGGCGGAGGCUCAAGGCGGAGUGCCCGCGAUGAGUGCGGCGGGCGAUGCGGCGCACCAGGCGACGUGGAGCUGGCAGCAGGCGCCGCCCCUGGCGCCGCAAAUGCAGCAGCAGGAGGCGCAGGGGGCGAUAGAGUCACGGUACUUUCAGGAACAGCAUGCCGGUCCGUACAUGCCGUACCCCCACGCGCAUGCGCAGGCCCUCCCGCCGCAGCAGGAGAGACAGCCCCUUUACCCAGCAGAGGCGCAGGGUGACGGGGAGAGGCGGGAGCGCGAACGCUGGGAGGAAGCGCAGCGCCAGCAGCAGCAGCACCAGCAGCAGCAGCACCAGCAGCAGCAGCAGCAGCAGCAGCAGCAGCAGCAGCAGCAGCAGCAGCAGCAGCAGCAGCAGCAGCAGCAGCAGCAGCAGCAGCAGCAGCAGCAGCAGCAGCAGCAGCAGCAGCAGCAGCAGCAGCAGCAGCAGCAGCAGCAGCAGCAGCAGCAUCAGCAUCAGCAGCAGCAGCAUCAGCACCAGCAGCAGCAGCAGCAUCAGCACCAGCAACAGCAGCAGCAUCAGCAGCAGCAUCAGCAACAGCAGCAGCAGCAUCAGCAACAGCAGCAGCAGCAGCAUCAACAGCGGCAGCAGCAGCAGCAGCGGCGGGGGGAUGAGAGUGGGGCAUUGGAGAGGGGCAAGGGGCGAGAGUACAGGGGGCACAGGGAGGGGCGAGGGCGAGGCGGGGAGAGGGAGCGGGAGCGGGCGCGGCUGUCCCCCCCAUCGCGAGGGCAGGGGGGCAGCAGGGCGAGGGGCACAGCCCCGCCUGCAGCAGCGCCAACCAUGUCGCCCGUGGUGGACGCUUCCUGUAUCUUCAGGGAACCUGGACGGCUGAGGCGGCCGGCAAGAUUUGUCAUUAUCCUGCGUGGCUUACCAGGCAGUGGCAAGAGCCACUUGGCGCGUGCGCUGAGGGACGUGGAGGUGACGAACGGGGGGGCGGCGCCCAGGGUGUUUGCCAUGGACGACUACUUCAUGCUGCAUGACGACGAUGAUGAUGACCAUGAGCAGGUGCGCCCUGCAUGGGGGGCAAGGGGGGCGCACGCUACUGCCACGUGCAAGGAGCAGGGCGUGAGGGAGAGGGCAGCAGCGGCUCGCAGGCGGAGAGGAGGGGGCAAGGGCGGAGGAGAAGCGAGCAAGGGAGGGGGCGAGGCGCGGUACAAGUAUGAUGCGACACAGGAGGAGGUGCGCGGGGCAGGGGACGCACUGUAUCGAGCCAGCAUGUUGAGGGCAUACCGCAAGGCAUUGGAAGAGGGGCGCUUCUCCUUCAUCAUCGUGGAGGACCGCAACGUGCGUGUGUCGCAAUUCGAGCCCUUUUGGAAAGCUGGCAAGUGUGCGGGCUUUGAGGUGUACGUGGUGCAGCCAUCCGCAUCCAGCCACCCCACACUGUGUGCGGGGCGCAACACGCACGGCUUCACAGUGCAGCAGGUGCAGGGCAUGGCAGAGCAGUGGGAGGCCCUGCCGCCACACAUGCUGCUGCUCGAUGUCAAAUCGUUGUUCCAUGAAGACACUCUUGACGAUGCGUCCAUCACAGAGGUGGAGAUGGAUGAGGAGGAUGACGAGCUGCACAUGGAGCAGGAGGAGGCCGCCACUGCUGCCGCGGAGGAGGAGGAGAAGCUCAGGCACCAGCAGCAGCAGCAGCAGCAGACAGGGCAGGAUGGGGCGAAAGGUGCUUCGGGUGGUGGAGGUGGGGAGGGGCAGAGCAGUGAGGAGGGACGGUGGACAGGCGAAGGGGCUGGCAACGGGGCAGGUGUGAAGAGAAGGCGGGAUGUUGGGGCUGCUGAUGCUGCCGCUGAUGCUGAUGCUGAUGCUGAUGGGGAUAGUGACGAGGAGGAUGAUGAUGGGGAUGAUGAUGAUGACGACGAGGGUGGUGGGGGUGGAGGUGCGUUGGCGGGCCUUCUGGCGGCGUAUGGCAGUCAGAAGAAGCACAAGAGGCACAAGAAGCAGGGGGCUGCGCAGACUGCCACAGCGGGCGGCAGCAAGAGUGGGGUGGCAGUGCGCGGCAUUCUCAAGGGGUCGAACGGUAGUGGUAAGAAGGCUCUGCGAUGGGUCGACAGCCACGCCCACUCCCAGGAUGUGUGCUUCACCAUGGGUGCUGCCACCCCCCCCACACGUGCCUCGCUCGUCAUUGGCCCUGGUGCCGGCUACUCCCUGGCAAGCAACCCUGUGCAAGCGGAGGAGGCGGAGGCGGUGGGCAAUGGGGCGGGUGGCACGGGCGGGGGCUUUCAGAUAGUGGCGGACCACGCGGCCCAGCAGGUGCUGUGGCGGCAGCAGCUGCGUGCGGAGGGAGAGCAGUUCCGAGCCAUCAUGCGCUCCCGCCGCUCCCAGCGCCACGGCGCUCAUGACGAUGACUGA